AUGUCGAAGCCUCCGGCAUUGAAGGCACGAUCUUCCACUUCCACUCCGAUGAAGAAGCCGAAGGCCACAUCGGAGACCCAUGCCCCUCCACCGAUACCGACCAUCCAACUCUUGGACUCUCCUAUAUACCAACUUGAGUGUCCCUACUUCGAUAUCGAGACGGUGGAGCUCCUUAGUCGCCCCCUGGGCGCAAAGCGUUCUCCUUCCCCGUCACCGUCGUCGACAUCGAUGGUGCCAGAGACCGAUUAUCUACAGUCUUUUUCAUUUUAUUCACACAGGAAUUUAGCAAUUGGGAUUGGAAUUCAGAACUUUCCAGAGGGGCUAGCUGUCAGCCUUCCCUUACGUGGGGCUGGAUUUUCAACAUGGAGAGCAUUCUGGUAUGGCCAAUUAAGCGGUAUGGUGGAGCCAUUAGCGGGCAUUUUUGGUGCUGUGGCUAUGGUAGUAGCAGAGCCUCUCCUUCCCUAUGCCCUGGCUUUUGCUGCUGGCGCAAUGGUCUAUGUGGUGGUAGAUGAUAUCAUCCCAGAAGCACAGAUCAGUGGCAAUGGGAAGCUGGCUUCCUGGACUUCCAUCUUAGGAUUUGUGGUCAUGAUGUCCCUGGAUGUUGGACUUGGAUAACAGGAGAUGCUUUCUUUCCCUACAUUUUUGACUUUCAGAAUCUAAAUCUAGCCAAAAUGCACAUCAGAAAUUGGAACUGGAACUUUGUGUAUUACAUAAUCGUACUGAUCUAGGUUGAUGUUGAUUGCCUUUAAUUAUAUGGACUUUUUAUUUGCCAUAAUAUUGUGCUGACGGCUUAAGGAAACACAGAAAGGUCCCCUCCCCCCCCCCUCCAUUCCCUUUCUUCUGUUGGGAUGGCAGCAGGAAAAUAUUGGUAAAGCUGCAAGGAAUGGUAUAUUUUUCCUAAUUUUGAAGCAGGUUUUCAUAUUCAUAAAGAUAUCUGUGAAUAUCUUUGCUAUGUGUAAACAAACCUUGUAAUGUGUUAUAAUUGAAAAGUGCCGUCUUGAAGAGAUUUAAGUCUUAUGUGCUGCUAUUGGAACCCACCUACAAGAACGGUGUGUACCAAUGCAUUCUUCAGGUCUUCGGAAAUAUUGGGGCUGUUCUAGUUGUUGAAAUGGCUAAAUAACAGUUUUAAUCAGUAGCAUAAAUGGGCUGAUGGGGGGGUAAACUUUCCUGUGUAAAUAUCUGAAGAGUAAAGGAGCAUAAUUUUUUUUCAAACGGCAGGGUGUUUGUGGCAAAUGUCUGAAGUGCACUGCCUUCUAUAGGCCCAUUCCUUUCUUAAUAUGUCUAGUCUGAAUAGAAAAAUGAUACCCAUCUUUUAGGAUUAUGGUAUUUUGUUCUUCUGGGGGAAAGAAAAAGCCUUCUGUGAAAUAUUAAUUUACUAUCCUGGCAGAAUUGACUCUGCUAUUUCCAACAGCU